AUGAAGUUUGAAGAUACGCAUGCUGGCAAUGGAAUCUUGGCAGAAAAGAAUCCAUUGCCUCUGGGUGAGAAGUCCCACCUGGAUGAGAAGACUCAGUCAUCCAAUGGAAAGGCAGCAAAUAGAAAGGCAGCAAAUGGAAAGGUUGAGAUCUGUGUAAAGCAGGAGGCAAAUGGUAAGUGUGUCGUGCCCAGAAAAAGCCUCAACCAGUACAGUUGGCAGGAGAUUCAGAAGCAUAAUCUGGAGACAGACCAGUGGCUUGUGAUCAAUCGCAAGGUCUACGAUGUUACUCGUUGGGCAGACAAGCAUCCCGGUGGACGUCGGGUUCUCACCCACUACGCAGGCGAAGAUGCCACGGAUGUUUUUAAAGCCAUGCACCCGAACAUAGAUGUAGUACAAUUGUACCUUAAGCCUCUGCUCAUUGGAGAACUUGCCCCAGGAGAGCCCAACCAGGAGAUAAAAAAAAAUGCCCAGUUAGUGGAAGAUUUUCAAGAAUUGCGGAAGUCGUUGGAAGCUAUGAAGAUGUUUGAUGCCAACCUAGUCUUCUAUUUCCUUCACUUUAUCCAGAUCUUGUUUUUGGAAGUACUGGCUUGGCUAAUGCUAUGGCAUUUUGGCACUGGGUGGCCUAAUACAAUAUUAAUUUCCUUAAUCCUCACAAUUUCUCAGGCUCAGAGUUCAUUUUUGCAGCAUGACAUAGGACACCUUUCCGUAUUUAAGAAAUCCAGAUGGAACCACCUGAUGCACAAAUUUGUGAUGUGUCAUCUCAAGGGCCUAUCCACAAACUGGUGGAAUUAUCGACAUUUUCAACAUCAUGUAAAACCAAACAUCUACCCCAAAGAUCCAGAUAUUGAUGUGGGGCCACUUUUUCUAAUUGCAGAGUCACAAGCUGUGAAGUAUGGCAAGAAGAAAAUUAAAUACAUCGACUAUGAAAAGCAGCACCUGUACUUCUACUUUGUGGCGCUCCCCUUACUCAUGCCUGUAUAUUUCAAUCUGCAAUCUAUGCAAGUGAUGUACCUACGAAGGUAUUGGGCGGACAUUGCCUGGGUUAGCAGUUUUUAUAUCCGUUAUUUCAUCACAUUUGGCCCUUUCUAUGGAAUCUUUGGAACCAUUUUGCUCAUAUACUUAGUCAAGUUUAUUGAAAGUCCUUGGAUUGCCUACGUGACCCAGAUGAGCCAUAUACCAAUGAAAAUAAGCCAAGAGGAGAACAGAGAUUGGUUUACCAGUCAGGUCCUGGUCACCUGUAAUGCAGAACAUUCCUUUUUCAAUGACUGGUUCUCUGGACACCUGAACUUCCAAAUUGAGCACCAUCUGUUCCCAACAAUGCCACGUCAUAAUUAUCACAAGGUGGCACCUCUGGUGAAAUCACUCUGUGCCAAGCAUGGAUUGCUGUAUGUGUCAAAGCCCAUGUUGACAGCGUUUGGAGAUAUUUCCAGGACCUUGAAAACUUCUGCAGCCGUCUGGACGAAAGCUUAUUAUGAAACAUGA